GGAAGAGCGAAGUGAGAUGAGGACGCUUGUGAUCCUUUUAUCCUCGUUCCUUUUCCAUUGGGAGGCCGCCUCGCGCGGGAUUCGAAGCGAAACCUUUCAGCAGGGAGGAGGCGUGAGGGAGGGGGAGAGGUUGAAUAUAGCCGAGCAGGAAAGCAUCUUGAACGAGGUUGGGGGAGAGGGGACUUCUUUGGUAGAUGGACGACAGAAAUCACGCCCGACCAGGGAUGGAUUAACCCGGCGGGAAAUAGGAUCAGUGGAGGAGGCUUGGAGCGGAACUGAUUGGGGAGGGUCGCAUCUUCCUCGCUUCGCGGAUAGACAGGAAUUGGAUAGAAAAAAGAGAAAUCUGUCGCCUCUAGUCUCUUUACUGGAAUCAAAUCCGAAAGAAACGGAGUUAAAACAUCGAAAUCGGAAUCGGAAAUCAUUGAUCUCAGAUCCUCACGACGAUGAGGAGAUUCGAAAGAUUCUCAUGAACGCGAAGGAAAAAUUGAACGACAUGAAAUCGAGAAACACGAUCGACGACGAUUGGAUCUUUUUCGUAUUGCCGUCCAGAUCGGGAACGCUGACGGAAUCGUUAUUCAGGCCGGCAGGCAAUGAUUUCAAAAUUGGGGAGCAAAGUUGGAAGAAUGAGAAAUGGUUGGACGACAAGGAGUUUUUAAAUGCGAAUAAAUUCGAUUACAACGAGGAGAAUCUUAAAAAAUACGAAGAAUCCCCUCUUUCGGACUGGAAUAUCGACGCGAGAAAUAAAUAUUCCGGCGAGCCGGCGGAAACUUCUUGGAGCAGUAAGGGGAAAUCUGACGAGAAAAAUGGUGGAACAAAUUUUGCAUUAAUAAAAGGGGGGAGAAAUCGGUCGAAUAAGCACCGGUUGAUCAAAAAUGAUGCGUACAGGAAUGGAGACGAAGAUUAUCGCGGCAUAAAAGUCAACGCUGAUGUAAAAAAUGGGGAGACAUAUGGCGAUAUUUCAAUCGAUAACACAAUGGGCAACGUGGUGGGGAGUGAUAAACUGUCGGCUGCAGAAAUAUCUGUGAAAAUACCCGAGGCGCGAUACAAUAAAGCGAUUCGAAAUAAGCGACCUUCGAACGAUAAUAAAUCGCGUUUCGUUUCGGAUCCGUUUGUUUUUCUGACGGAAUUGGAAGGUGGAACAAGACGCGAGGAGAAGAAUAAAGGAUCGACGCCCCGUGAAUCAAACGUAAUAAAGGUGCAUCAAAGUCUGCCUGACGGAAAGUUAAUCGAGAACAAAGUGGAGGAAAGGCCUUAUCGAGAUUCGAAGUAUUUGCCGAUUAUUGUUGGGAAACAUCUGGAUACCAAAUUCUCGAACGAUGAAUCACGUUCGAAUAAAAAUGGCGUGGAACGUGCGAGAACGAAAAUGGACGACGAGUUGUUAUGGAUCGACAAGGAAGAAGAGAAGUUGAAGCGGGGGGAGAAAAAUUCUGGAGAAUUACAAGUGUUGCAAUUGUUGAAGGAAUUGUCGAAUAUAAGGAAUCAGAUAGAGAGGAAUCAGAAUCUGUAUGAGGGAAAUGAAAGGAAUCACGGUUCGAGUCCCUCGCGUGUCGAGAGAAUAGACGCGAGGAAUGAUAUCCGGAUGGAAUAUGAUAAACAGAAGAGCACAGCUGAAACAUCAAUUCCUCUAGACGUGAACAAACGUGGCGGUGUGAAACAUCGGGAACGUGUCGAAGAGAAAUCGACGCCAAAAAUUGACGAAAAGUUGGAUGGUGAAUGGAAAAAGAAGGAAGGUGUGCAUCGUGAUGAGCUGCACAAGGAGACGGUGAAGAGACGUGACGAUUACAAUUCUGAUGAAAAUGUUAAAGUAAAAUGGACAUCUUUGAAGGAAAAACAAAAAGCGAUAGCUGAUGUAAAUAAGGAUAAAGAGAACUUAGAUAAAUUAGAAAAGAAGACGCUUGAAGAAGGAAAUUCAGAAAUAAAGGGAUCACAGCAGAUUGAUGUAAAUAAUAAGACAAAUUUGAGAAAAAUUAAAUUUAAUGUGAAAAAUUUAAAGGAAAAAGAUAAUCACAAAAAAAAGAAACAGGAUUUAAAUGUGGAUAAUGAAAAUAGACGCAAAGAUGAAGUAGAAAAUAUAAAAGAAGAGAAGUAUAUAAAAACUGAAAAUAAAAAUGAAUAUAAUAUACCUGAUAUAGGGCGAUUAAAGUAUAAAAAUGAAAAUUCUCAAGAAAAAAUGAAAGAGAAAUUUGAUAAAGAAAAUUUGAAAAAAAUAAUUUUUGGAGUGAAAACUCCAAAAAUUAAGGGAAUCGAAGAUUUUAAUAUCAAUAGUGAAGAUUUUAGAUUAGAGAAUUUGAAUUGGAUAGAAUAUAAAGCAGACAAUUUGGAUACAGAAGAUAACGAAGGAAAUUUGAGAAGAGAAAAUGAAAUUAAAAAGAAUAUUGAUAACAAUUUAAUCAGACAAAAAUACGGAUCAAAUAAUUUAAAGGCAGGAAAGAGAAAGAAAUUUAAGAUACAAGAUGAGCGAGGACAAAAUAUUCAAGUCGAUACUAAAAAGAAAUACAAAUCAGAUUUAAAAGAUGAAAAAAUUAGUGCAAAGAAAGAAGAUAAAGAGAAAUAUGAUAACUCAAAAAUGAAAGAAACAAGUAUUGAAAUUAAAACUCCACAGGACGAGAAAUUUGGAAUAGAAAAUUUGAAAAACAAAGGACUUGAAAUCAUUAAUCCAAUAAUUAAUAAAUUCGCGGACAUUAAGGUAAAUGAUAACAAAUUUAAAAUUGGAAAAUGGAUUAAUUAUAACGUACAUGAUUUGAAUAAGAAUGAGAAUAAUAAUGAAGAUAUUUUAGAAAAAGAUAAAUGGAAUAUAAUUGAUGAAUUAAAAAAGGAUACUGAAGUUGACAAUGGAAAGAAAAAAUACAAAUUUGAUGAUAUAAAAGAUGAAAAGGUUAGUGCAAAGAAAGAAGAUAAAGAGAAAUAUGAUAACUCAAAAGUGAAAGAAACAAGUAUUGAAAUUAAAACUCCACAGGAUGAGAAAUUUGGAACAGAAACUUUGAAAAACAAAGGACUUGAUAUCAAUAUUCCAAAAAUUGAAGUGAAAGAUGUUAAGAAAGAUGAUAAUAAAUUUUUAAUAGAUAAACCAAAGUGGAUAGAUAUUAACACGGAUAAUUUGAAUACCAAAAAGAUUGAAGAUACUGUAGAAAAAGAUAAAUGGAAGGGAAUUGAUGAAUUAAAAAAAGAUAGUGAAGUCGACAAUGGAAAAAAGUACGAAUUAGAUGAUAUAAAAGAUGAAAAGGUUAGUGCAAAGAAAGGAGAUAAAAAGAAAUAUGAUAACUCAAAAGUGAAAGAAACAAGUAUUGAAAUUAAAACUCCACAGGAUGAGAAAUUUGGAACAGAAACUUUGAAAAACAAAGGACUUGAUAUCAAUACUCCAAAAAUUGAAGUGGAAGAUGGUAAAAAAGAUGAUAACAAACUUCUAAUAGAUAAACCAAAAUGGGCAGAUAUUAACGCAGACAAUUUGAAUACCAAAAAGAUUGAAGAUACUGUAGAAAAAGAUAAAUGGAAGGGAAUUGAUGAACUAAAAAGGAUACUGAAGUUAACAAUGGAAAGAAUGAAAGAAACAAGUAUUGAAAUUAAAACUCCACAGGAUGAGAAAUUUGGAACAGAAACUUUGAAAAACAAAAGACUUGAUAUCAGUAUUCCAAAAAUUGAAGUGAAAGAUGUUAAGAAAGAUGAUAAUAAAUUUUUAAUAGAUAAACCAAAAUGGGCAGAUAUUAACGCAGACAAUUUGAAUACCAAAAAGAUUGAAGAUACUGUAGAAAAAGAUAAAUGGAAGGGAAUUGAUGAACUAAAAAAGGAUACUGAAGUUUUUAGUGCAAAGAAAGAAGAUAAAGAGAAAUAUGAUAACUCAAAAGUGAAAGAAACAAGUAUUGAAAUUAAAACUCCACAGGAUGAGAAAUUUGGAACAGAAACUUUGAAAAACAAAAGACUUGAUAUCAGUAUUCCAAAAAUUGAAGUGAAAGAUGUUAAGAAAGAUGAUAAUAAAUUUUUAAUAGAUAAACCAAAGUGGAUAGAUAUUAAUACGGAUAAUUUGAAUACCAAAAAGAUUGAAGAUACUGUAGAAAAAGAUAAAUGGAAGGGAAUUGAUGAAUUAAAAAAAGAUAGUGAAGUCGACAAUGGAAAGAAGUACGAAUUAGAUGAUAUAAAAGAUGUAAAGUUUAGUGCAAAGAAAGGAGAUAAAGAGAAAUACGGUAACUCAAAAGUGAAAGAAACAAGUAUUGAAAUUAAAACUCCACAGGAUGAGAAACUUGGAACAGAAACUUUGAAAAACAAAGGACUUGAUAUCAAUACUCCAAAAAUUGAAGUGGAAGAUGGUAAAAAAGAUGAUAACAAACUUCUAAUAGAUAAACCAAAAUGGGCAGAUAUUAACGCAGACAAUUUGAAUACCAAAAAGAUUGAAGAUACUGUAGAAAAAGAUAAAUGGAAGGGAAUUGAUGAAUUAAAAAAAGAUAGUGAAGUCGACAAUGGAAAGAAGUACGAAUUAGAUGAUAUAAAAGAUGAAAAGGUUAGUGCAAAGAAAGAAGAUAAAGAGAAAUACGAUAACUCAAAAGUGAAAGAAACAAGUAUUGAAAUUAAAACUCCACAGGAUGAGAAAUUUGGAACAGAAACUUUGAAAAACAAAAGACUUGAUAUCAAUAUUCCAAAAAUUGAAGUGAAAGAUGUUAAGAAAGAUGAUAAUAAAUUUUUAAUAGAUAAACCAAAGUGGAUAGAUAUUAACACGGAUAAUUUGAAUACCAAAAAGAUUGAAGAUACUGUAGAAAAAGAUAAAUGGAAGGGAAUUGAUGAACUAAAAAAGGAUACUGAAGUUGACAAUGGAGAGAAAAAAUACAAAUUUGAUGAUAUAAAAGAUGAAAAGGUUAGUGCAAAGAAAGAAGAUAAAGAGAAAUACGAUAACUCAAAAGUGAAAGAAACAAGUAUUGAAAUUAAAACUCCACAGGAUGAGAAACUUGGAACAGAAACUUUGAAAAACAAAGGACUUGAUAUCAAUACUCCAAAAAUUGAAGUGAAAGAUGUUAAGAAAGAUGAUAAUAAAUUUUUAAUAGAUAAACCAAAAUGGAUAGAUAUUAACACGGAUAAUUUGAAUACCAAAAAGAUUGAAGAUACUGUAGAAAAAGAUAAAUGGAAGGGAAUUGAUGAACUAAAAAAGGAUACUGAAGAUGAGAAAUUUGGAACAGAAACUUUGAAAAACAAAAGACUUGAUAUCAAUAUUCCAAAAAUUGAAGUGAAAGAUGUUAAGAAAGAUGAUAAUAAAUUUUUAAUAGAUAAACCAAAGUGGAUAGAUAUUAAUACGGAUAAUUUGAAUACCAAAAAGAUUGAAGAUACUGUAGAAAAAGAUAAAUGGAAGGGAAUUGAUGAAUUAAAAAAAGAUAGUGAAGUCGACAAUGGAAAGAAGUACGAAUUAGAUGAUAUAAAAGAUGUAAAGUUUAGUGCAAAGAAAGAAGAUAAAGAGAAAUACGAUAACUCAAAAGUGAAAGAAACAAGUAUUGAAAUUAAAACUCCACAGGAUGAGAAAUUUGGAACAGAAACUUUGAAAAACAAAGGACUUGAUAUCAAUACUCCAAAAAUUGAAGUGGAAGAUGGUAAAAAAGAUGAUAACAAACUUCUAAUAGAUAAACCAAAAUGGGCAGAUAUUAACGCAGACAAUUUGAAUACCAAAAAGAUUGAAGAUACUGUAGAAAAAGAUAAAUGGAAGGGAAUUGAUGAAUUAAAAAAAGAUAGUGAAGUCGACAAUGGAAAGAAGUACGAAUUAGAUGAUAUAAAAGAUGAUGAAAAAUUUGGAACAGAAACUUUGAAAAACAAAGGACUUGAUAUCAAUACUCCAAAAAUUGAAGUGAAAGAUGGUAAAAAAGAUGAUAACAAACUUCUAAUAGAUAAACCAAAGUGGAUAGAUAUUAACACGGAUAAUUUGAAUACCAAAAAGAUUGAAGAUACUGUAGAAAAAGAUAAAUGGAAGGGAAUUGAUGAACCAAAAAAGGAUACUGAAGUUGACAAUGGAGAGAAAAAAUACAAAUUUGAUGAUAUAAAAGAUGAAAAGGUUAGUGCAAAGAAAGAAGAUAAAGAGAAAUACGAUAACUCAAAAGUGAAAGAAACAAGUAUUGAAAUUAAAACUCCACAGGAUGAGAAACUUGGAACAGAAACUUUGAAAAACAAAGGACUUGAUAUCAAUACUCCAAAAAUUGAAGUGAAAGAUGUUAAGAAAGAUGAUAAUAAAUUUUUAAUAGAUAAACCAAAAUGGGUAGAUAUUAACACGGAUAUUUUGAAUACCAAAAAGAUUGAAGAUACUGUAGAAAAAGAUAAAUGGAAGGGAAUUGAUGAACUAAAAAAGGAUACUGAAGUUGACAAUGGAGAGAAAAAAUACAAAUUUGAUGAUAUAAAAGAUGAAAAGGUUAGUGCAAAGAAAGAAGAUAAAGAGAAAUACGAUAACUCAAAAGUGAAAGAAACAAGUAUUGAAAUUAAAACUCCACAGGAUGAGAAACUUGGAACAGAAACUUUGAAAAACAAAGGACUUGAUAUCAAUACUCCAAAAAUUGAAGUGAAAGAUGGUAAAAAAGAUGAUAACGAAUUUCUAAUAGAUAAACCAAAAUGGGUAGAUAUUAACACGGAUAUUUUGAAUACCAAAAAGAUUGAAGAUACUGUAGAAAAAGAUAAAUGGAAGGGAAUUGAUGAACUAAAAAAGGAUACUGAAGAUAAGAAAUUUGGAAUAGAAACUUUGAAAAACAAAGGACUUGAUAUCAAUACUCCAAAAAUUGAAGUGGAAGAUGGUAAAAAAGAUGAUAACAAACUUCUAAUAGAUAAACCAAAGUGGAUAGAUAUUAAUACGGAUAAUUUGAAUACCAAAAAGAUUGAAGAUACUGUAGAAAAAGAUAAAUGGAAGGGAAUUGAUGAACCAAAAAAGGAUACUGAAGUUGACAAUGGAGAGAAAAAAUACAAAUUUGAUGAUAUAAAAGAUGAAAAGGUUAGUGCAAAGAAAGAAGAUAAAGAGAAAUACGGUAACUCAAAAGUGAAAGAAACAAGUAUUGAAAUUAAAACUCCACAGGAUGAGAAACUUGGAACAGAAACUUUGAAAAACAAAGGACUUGAUAUCAAUACUCCAAAAAUUGAAGUGAAAGAUGUUAAGAAAGAUGAUAAUAAAUUUUUAAUAGAUAAACCAAAAUGGAUAGAUAUUAACACGGAUAAUUUGAAUACCAAAAAGAUUGAAGAUACUGUAGAAAAAGAUAAAUGGAUAGGAAUUGAUGAACUAAAAAAGGAUACUGAAGUUGACAAUGGAGAGAAAAAAUACAAAUUUGAUGAUAUAAAAGAUGAAAAGGUUAGUGCAAAGAAAGAAGAUAAAGAGAAAUACGAUAACUCAAAAGUGAAAGAAACAAGUAUUGAAAUUAAAACUCCACAGGAUGAGAAAUUUGGAACAGAAACUUUGAAAAACAAAGGACUUGAUAUCAAUACUCCAAAAAUUGAAGUGGAAGAUGGUAAAAAAGACGAUAACAAACUUCUAAUAGAUAAUCCAAAAUGGGCAGAUAUUAACGCAGACAAUUUGAAUACCAAAAAGAUUGAAGAUACUGUAGAAAAAGAUAAAUGGAAGGGAAUUGAUGAAGUAAAAAAGGAUACUGAAGUUGACAAUGGAAAGAAAAAAUACAAAUUUGAUGAUAUAAAAGAUGAAAAGGUUAGUGCAAAGAAAGAAGAUAAAGAGAAAUACGAUAACUCAAAAGUGAAAGAAACAAGUAUUGAAAUUAAAACUCCACAGGAUGAGAAAUUUGGAACAGAAACUUUGAAAAACAAAAGACUUGAUAUCAAUAUUCCAAAAAUUGAAGUGAAAGAUGUUAAGAAAGAUGAUAAUAAAUUUUUAAUAGAUAAACCAAAGUGGAUAGAUAUUAAUACGGAUAAUUUGAAUACCAAAAAGAUUGAAGAUACUGUAGAAAAAGAUAAAUGGAAGGGAAUUGAUGAAUUAAAAAAAGAUAGUGAAGUCGACAAUGGAAAGAAGUACGAAUUAGAUGAUAUAAAAGAUGAUGAGAAAAUUGGAACAGAAACUUUGAAAAACGGACUUGAUAUCAAUACCUCAAAAAUUGAAGUGAAAGAUGGUAAAAAAGAUGAUAACGAAUUUCUAAUAGAUAAACCAAAGUGGAUAGAUAUUAACACGGAUAAUUUGAAUACCAAAAAGAUUGAAGAUACUGUAGAAAAAGAUAAAUGGAAGGGAAUUGAUGAACCAAAAAAGGAUACUGAAGUUGACAAUGGAGAGAAAAAAUACAAAUUUGAUGAUAUAAAAGAUGAAAAGGUUAGUGCAAAGAAAGAAGAUAAAGAGAAAUAUGAUAACUCAAAAGUGAAAGAAACAAGUAUUGAAAUUAAAACUCCACAGGAUGAGAAACUUGGAACAGAAACUUUGAAAAACAAAGGACUUGAUAUCAAUACUCCAAAAAUUGAAGUGAAAGAUGUUAAGAAAGAUGAUAAUAAAUUUUUAAUAGAUAAACCAAAAUGGAUAGAUAUUAACACGGAUAAUUUGAAUACCAAAAAGAUUGAAGAUACUGUAGAAAAAGAUAAAUGGAAGGGAAUUGAUGAAUUAAAAAAAGAUAGUGAAGUCGACAAUGGAAAGAAGUACGAAUUAGAUGAUAUAAAAGAUGAUGAGAAAUUUGGAACAGAAACUUUGAAAAACGGACUUGAUAUCAAUACCUCAAAAAUUGAAGUGAAAGAUGGUAAAAAAGAUGAUAACGAAUUUCUAAUAGAUAAACCAAAGUGGAUAGAUAUUAAUACGGAUAAUUUGAAUACCAAAAAGAUUGAAGAUACUGUAGAAAAAGAUAAAUGGAAGGGAAUUGAUGAACUAAAAAAGGAUACUGAAGUUGUCAAUGGAGAGAAAAAAUACAAAUUUGAUGAUAUAAAAGAUGAAAAGGUUAGUGCAAAGAAAGAAGAUGAAGAGAAAUACGAUAACUCAAAAGUGAAAGAAACAAGUAUUGAAAUUAAAACUCCACAGGAUGAAAAAUUUGGAACAGAAACUUUGAAAAACAAAGGACUUAAAAUCAUUAAUCCAAUAAUUGAUAAACUCGGGAAUAUUAAGAUAGAUGAUAGCAAAUUUAAAAUAGGAAAAUGGACUAAUUAUAACGUAGAUGAUUUGUAUAAAAAAGAAAGUAAUAAUAUUUUACAAAAAGAUAAAGGGAAUGCUAUUGAUGAAUUACAAAAGCAUACUAAAGUCGACAGUGCAAAUAAAUACAAGAUGAGAAAUUUGGAACGGAAAAUUUGA